GUCCUCUAUUAGUCAGCUGUGAUACGUAAUGUAAAUAAAUACUGCCUUAUCUCAGGUUGAUUGUAUAACCUAAAAUCAGCACUGUCAUUGAUUUUCUUUUUUAAAUAACAUUUUUAAAACAUGUAAUUAGGGGAAGAAAAUAAAGUUAAUCUAUAUUGUGUUAAGGUCACAUUCAUUUUUCAUAAACUGCACCAAGGACAUCAAGAAAUGACUGAAAAAUCUGGAUGCGGUGAAUUGCAACAAUUAGUCCAAGAAGAAGAAUGCGAAGAGCCAUUAGGUCCUGGUGGUGAAGCAACUCCGCCAUCAACACCAGCCAGAUCAAAGAAUCCAAAUAAAAAUGAUACACAUAGUUCUCAUGUAUCGCAACAGGUAUUAUGGGAAAGUAAUACGCAGACUUCCCCUAUUGUUAGUAAAGGAAGUUCUGGUCAAGCAACAAGUCAAGGGUCUAUGGUUUCUGGCAGAGCAGUAAAUCUUUCAAAUUAUGGCAAUCAGUCUCGUUUAAGUUAUGUGAAUGAGAAGGAAAAACAGAGAUCCAAUAGACCAGAAUCAUCAAAAUUGAAUCGCCAACAUAAGGGUGUGGCGCCGUGCAAACAUCAUUGCUUUUUAUCAGAGGUUCCGGAUGUGCGACGUAUGGAGCAGGCGUUGUUGCAACUUCUGGAAGAUUUUCAUAGCGGUAAUUUGCGCGCAUUUGGAAAGGACUGCAGCAUGGAGCAAAUGACAGAAAUACGAGAGCAACAGGAACGACUAGCUAAACUUCAUUUCGAAUUAGGCCAAAGACAAGACAUCAGCGGAGAACAAGCCGGAAGUCGACACUCUGGUGCUAACAUGCGUCAUUUAUUGCACCGUCUUCAGCAGCUCAGUAUAUGUAUCGAAAAAUUGCACAGUAAAUAGUUACAUAACAAUUAUUCAUAUGUAUGUGAGAUACAAGUAAUGAUACGUUCAUAUUGCACGUAUAUAAGUUAUUACUGUAAUAUAAAUAAUUCCAUUUUAUUUUAAAAUAAAAAUGAAACGUGCUGAAAGAUCGUAAAUCGGUCGCUUUGAAAUGUAAUAUUUAGUGUAAGAACACUUAUCAUGAAUUAAAAUCUAUUUUUACAUACGAAAAA